CCCCCACCAAGGUCCACGCCAAAGACCAAUCACAGAGCCCGGGCUGGCAGAAGACGUCGUCUUAUUGGAGGGUUCGUGCGCACGCGGGCCUCACAAGCGCACGCCAUCCCAGUCUCCGGGGGGUGUAGGUGAAGAGGAGAGAGAGAGACGGAGAAACACAAUGGAGGAAACGUCUUCUCUUUGCAACCAUACGUUUUGGCCAAGCGAUGGUGGUUUCCACUACAACAACAUCGCCCAUAGAAGCCAGAAGUUGAUAACGUACUUGAACCCCACAAUACCCACACAGCCAAUGCCACUGACCGUGGUCCUGCACGGUCCUGCUGGCGUCGGGAAAACCACAGUGGCAAAGAAGCUGAUGCUGGACUGGACCCAGGACGGCCUGGCCCAGGCCGUCCACUCCGCCUUCUAUCUCAGCUGCAAGGACCUCAGCCACAGGGGGACGUGCACGUUUGCAGAGCUGAUCGCCGCGGCCCAGCCGGGUGCGCGGGAGGCCGUUCCGCAGCUCCCGGCCCGAGCCCAGGAGAUCCUGCUCGUCGUCGACGGCUUCGAGGAGCUGCGGGUGCCCUCGGGGGCCCUCGUCCGUGACCUGUGUGGCGACUGGAAGCAGCCGAAGCCGGUGGCCGUCCUCCUGGGGAGUCUGCUGAGGAGGAAGAUGCUGCCCAGGGCCACGCUGGUGAUCACCACGCGCCCGGGGGCCCUGCGAGAGCUGCGGCUCCUGGCGGAACAGCCGCUCUUCGUGGAGAUCGAGGGCUUCCUGGAGCCGGACAAGAAGGCCUACUUCCUGGAGCACUUCGGGGAGGAGAGGCAGGCCCUGCGAGCUUUCGCCCUGAUGAAGGGCAACGCGGCGCUGUUCCGGCUGGGCUCUGCCCCCGCCGUGUGCCGGAUUGUCUGCACCUGUCUGAAGGCGCAGAUGGAGGGCGGCGAGGACCCCGCCUCGACCUGCCAGACCACCACGUCGCUGUUCCUGCGCUUCCUCUGCAGCCAGUUCGCCCCGGCUCCCGGCGCCUGCCCCCAUCCGCGCCUCCAGGCUGCGCUGAGGGCCGCGUGUCUCCUGGCCGCCGAGGGCGCGUGGACACAGACGUCUGUGUUCGACGGGGACGACCUCGGGAGGCUCGGGCUCACGCCGUCAGCCCUCUGUCCUUUCCUGGACAAGCAGAUUCUCCAGAAGAACGGCGACUGUGGGGGCUGCUACUCUUUCGUCCACCUCAGCGUCCAGCAGUUGCUCGCGGCCAUGGUCUACGUCCUGGAGACGGAGGAGGAGGAGGCGGCGGCAGGAGGCGAGGCAGGGGGCUGCACAUGGGACAUUGGGGAUGUGCAGAAGCUGCUGUCCAAGGAGGAGAGACGAAAGAACCCCGACCUGACCCGCGUGGGGUCCUUCUUGUUCGGCCUCCUGAACGAAGAGAGAGCCCGGGAGCUGGAGACCACUUUCGGCUGCCGAGUGUCCGGGGCGGUCAGGCGGGAAUUACUCAAGUGCAGGUCCGAGUCCGAUGGGAACGGACCUUUCUCCUCGAUGAUGGACACAAAGGAGAUGCUGCACUGUCUUCACGAAUCGCAGGAGGAGCAGCUGGUGAAGGACGCCAUGGCCCACGUCCCGGAGAUUGCUGUUCACCUGACCAGUGCGUUUGAAAUGGUGGAGGCUUCGUUCUGCCUCAAGCACUGUCAGGACCUGCGGAAGAUUUCCCUGCAGGUCGGCAAGAGGAUAUUCCUGGAGAAUGAUGCUGACGCUGAGGUUGACAGGUCCCAGCACGACCAGCACUCCCUGCAAGUCUGGGCGGAUCUUUGCUCUGUGUUCAGUUCAAACGAAAACCUGCUCUUCCUGGACGUGAGGGACAGCGUCCUGAGUCGCUCCUCAGUGAGGAUCCUCUGUGAGCAGGUCACCCACGCCACCUGUCACCUGCAGAAAGUCGUGAUUAAAAACAUCUCUCCUGCCGAUGCUUAUCGAGACUUCUGUCUGGCUUUCAUUGGUAAGAAAACUCUGACACACUUGGUUCUGGAAGGCAAUGUCCACAGUGAUAAGAUGCUGCUGCUGCUGCUGUGUGAGAUCCUGAAACAUGCAAGAUGCAAUCUUCAGUAUCUGAGGUUGGGGUCGUGUUCCGACACCACACAGCGGUGGGCUGACUUCUCCUCGGCUCUCAAAAUCAACCAGUCUCUGAAAUGUCUGGAUCUCACGGCCAGCGAGUUCCUGGAUGAGGGCGUCAAGUUGCUGUGUGCAACUCUGAGACACCCAAAGUGCUCCCUGCAGAAGUUAUCGUUGGAAGACUGUCAACUGACAGAAGCCUGUUGCAAGGAGCUGUCUUCUGCUCUGAUUGUCAACCAGCGGCUGACCCACCUGUGCUUGGCCAAGAACAACCUUGGGGAUCAUGGGGUGAAACUUCUGUGUGAGGGUCUGAGUUACCCCGAAUGUCAACUACAGACCCUGGUGUUGCGUCAUUGCAGCAUCAACAGACAUGGCUGCAAAUACAUCUCAAAGCUUCUCCAAGGAGACUGCAGCCUCACAAGCUUAGAUGUGGGUUUCAACCCCAUCACCACUGGAUUGUACUUUCUCUGUGAAGCGUUGAAGAAACCGAACUGUAAGCUGAAAUGUCUAGGGCUCUGGGGCUGUUCCAUCACCCCUUUUAGUUGUCAGGACCUUGCGUCUGCUCUGCUCAGCAACCAGAGCCUGGAGACUUUGGACCUGGGCCAGAACAUCCUGGGGCAGAGCGGCGUCACGGCGCUCUUGGAGGCGUUAAAACAAAAGCACGGCCCCUUAAAGACCCUCAGGUUGAAGGCGGAUGAGUCCACCAAGAUCCAGAGGAUGGCGGAGGCUGUGCGGGAAGGCAAUCCGCAGCUGACUGUUGAGUGGAACCACACCGGCACCCGGAGGUCCUUGUGCUGUGACUUCCUCUCCUGAAACGCCCCGAGAUCAUGUUCCUGCACGUCCCAAGGGGGGUGAUGGGAGAGCACUAGGACGUUGCAUCAACGAAGACCAGGGCGUCAGGCAGCAAACACUGAUCAAAGUGUGGAACCGAGCACUGGUUUUCACUGUCUGGGUUUCUGGUAAAUUCCGCACAAGUCCCACUAGGUGUGGCAGAGUUCUCUCUCACACGCAUGCAAAGAUAAUAAAAGGCAGAGCACUUGG